AUGAGCACCUCCACCACCAUGAGCUCCACAACUGAGCCUAAGAAGCUUCACAUGGCAUUGUUUCCAUGGCUGGCCUUUGGUCACAUAAUUCCCUUUUUUGAGGUUGCCAAGCACGUAGCUCGAAGAGGUCACAAAGUUUCCUUCAUAUCCACCCCACGAAACAUCCAACGCCUCCCCAAAAUCCCUCAACACUUAACCCCUUUGAUCAAUUUAGUGCAGAUCCCGCUGCCACGUGUCGAAAAUCUGCCGGAGAGUGCAGAGGCCACUAUGGACGUGCCAUACCACAUAAUCCCAUACCUCAAAAUGGCUCAUGAUGGACUCGAACAAGGUAUUUCCAAUUUCCUACGAACUCACAAGCCGGAUUGGAUUAUUCACGACUUUGCCCCUUACUGGUUACCACCUAUAGCUUCUAGCCUAGGCAUUUCACGAGCACAUUUCAGUGUUUUCAACGCGUCCUCCCUAUGUUUCUACGGACCAACAUCACCGCAGGGACUAGAUCGCUAUGGUGUUAGAACACUACCAGAGCACUUCACUGUCCCUCCCGAAUGGAUCCCUUUCCCUUCAAAUUUGGUUUUUAGGUCUUUUGAGGCCAAGAAACUGUUUGACGCUACGAAACAAAACGCUUCCGGUGUUUCGGAUUUGUUUCGUGUGCAGUCGACGGUCCAAGGUUGUCAAGUCUAUUUGAUUCGAAGUUGUAGAGAGAUUGAGGGUGAGUGGCUCGAUUUGCUACAAGAGCUUCAACAAAAACCUGUGGUUCCAACAGGCUUAAUGCCACCUGUAGUGCAAGCUAGAGAAGACAAAGAAGAUUGGUCUAGAAUUUAUCAGUGGUUGGACAAACAAGAGAAUGGAACUGUAGUUUACAUUGCCCUCGGAAGAGACAGUGACUCGGUUAAGCUACCAGAUGGGUUCGAGGAACGAACCAAGGGUCGUGGACUGGUUUGGACAACUUGGGCACCUCAAACCAAGAUAUUGGCUCACGACUCAAUUGGGGGGUUUUUGACUCAUUGCGGUUGGAGUUCACUCAUAGAGGCACUCCAAUAUGGACGUCCUCUUAUCAUGUUGCCCUUCUUGCAUGACCAAGGGCUAAUUGCUAGGUUUUGGGACAAGAAGAUUGGAAUUGAAGUUCCGAGAAAUGAAGAAGAUGGAUCCUUUACCAGGAAAUCGUUGGCCGAGUCUCUGAAUUUGGUUGUGGUGGAUGAGGAAGGGAAGGCUUACAGAGAUGGAGCCAAAGAACAUGGUGAGGUAUUCAAAGAUAAGGCCCUCCAUGAUAGAUACAUGGACAAAUGUGUGGAGUAUUUGGAAAACCAUGUGCACAUGCAUGAGGUUGAUUUGAAUGCUGGUUUAGAAGCUUUUCCCAAUUCAGAAAAAGUUAAAGUUGUUGUCGAGAUCUUUGACCUACUGGAAGUGCAUUCAUGA